GGAGAAGAGAGUUGGCUCGAACCUGGUCAUAUUGGCGUUAUUUUGCUGACUAUUUCCCUGCAAUUAUCACCAAGGAGGCCGACUUGGAUCCUAGCAGAAACUAUUUGGUGCUACACUGUUGCACAGGAGCCCGUGCGUCAUGCCUCCUUUCUCGUCACUCAUUUUGCUUGACAUUUUGCGAUCAAAAUGCGUCUAUAGCUACCAUCCCCACGGAAUCAUUUCCGUCGGUGCUAUCGUCACGUUUGCCAGUGAAGGCAACGGAUUUAGCAAGCACUUUCCCGGUAUAACGCCGUCAUUGAUGACGUUAUCCAGCAAUUUCAAAAUCCCUUUCCAUCGCGAGUACAUUCUGGCUCUCGGCAUGUGUGAUGUCUCCCGUCAAUCAUGCAAGAAUGUUUUAAAGUCAGGAGGCCCUGGUCGGUCCAUUGCUAUUGUAAUUGGUGGGGCGUCUGAAUCGUUGAACGCAAGGCCUGGUGUGAUGGAUCUGACCCUAAAAAAGCGUCUUGGCUUUGUAAGAAUUGCAUUGGAAACAGGUGCUAGUAUGGUUCCCGUCCUCAACUUUGGCGAAAAUGAGUUGUAUGAGCAGGUAUCGAAUGACGACGGAUCAUGGCUUCGCAAGCUACAGACAAAAACCCAGCGUUUAGCCGGGUUUACACUGCCAUUAUUCCACGGCCGUGGCAUUUUCAAUUAUGAUAUUGGACUCUUGCCGCAUAGACGACCUAUGCACGUUGUCUUUGGCGAACCAAUCCACCCUCCUUUAGGAGUAUCUGACGAAGAAAAGGAUCAAGUGGUACGAGAACUGCAUGACAAAUACAUGCAGAACUUGAAGACUCUGUACGACAAAUAUAAGGAUGAAUAUGCACCGGACAGAGUUAAAGAUAUUGAAUAUGUCGAGUAAAAGCGAU